CUCCAGUGGAUAGGAAUCGAGUGGAAAAGUCUCACCCAACCAAAAGGACUCACCUUCUAUACCCAAAGUGAUGGGCACAUUCUUUGAUCUCAGGCGUUGCCAUAGUGCCACCCUCCCUUCUGGGAAAUGAAGCAACUUCAGUGUGUCCUUUUUUGCCAGAAUUAAUCUUCAAAUUACAGAAUGACUGUGUAAAUUUAGUGUCCUUUUCGUUGAAUUCAGGGCAUGGCCAAAGUGCGCGGUAUCACCAGGUCAGCAGGCAAUUGAUCAUCAUCAAGGAUACCUAGGAUAUUAGUGGGCCAAUCUCAAGAGGAGGCUAAACGACGCGUAAAAAGUGUCCCUUUUUCGGUUCGGAACAAUGACGUAGUAAGUGCAAUGGGGGAUAGGACAGUGAUUCGCAAAAAAUGGCCUUCUGGUUGAUAUCUGGCCUGCUCCAGCAGUGAAAAGUGCAGCAACCAAGUGCUUCCCGUAGCAUCAAAUUACCACAAAUCCUCCCUUCUUGAGCUGGAUAAUUUUCUCGCACGAGGUCACGGCUGUCGGGGUAUCUGUGUCUGUGUGUGUCUAGGAGUGCGUAUUUACAAGAAGGUUGUAUCUUUUAUUGCCACAAUAAAAGAGGAAAAACUUCAUCAAUAAUAAACCUAAAGCCUGGCAAGGACGAAAACUCGACGCUGAUGGUGGAAAUAGCAAUCCGCUGAGAGUCCAAUUAGAGCCGCUCGGAUUUACAGUCGAAGCGAUUGGAUGUACAAUAAAUAAAAUCAUUCAGGAACUACAGCCGUUAUAACGAACAAAGAAAGUUUCGCCACUAGAAGCGUCCGCAGCCAUCGAAAACCAGAAGCUCGCCAUCAAAUAAAAAAGAACGCCCACGCGUUGUCUUUUUUGAACGGGGUAGAACUCAAUAUUCGUGACACGCGGCAGCUAUUUCACAGCAGGGGGGUUAGGGUGGGUGCCAUAGUGUGACGAAACCAGUGACAAGCAUCCUCUUUCAAGGGAAAUAAGUAGAUAUUAGUGCUUGAUAUACUUGGGGGCCGAAAAAAGGAUGGGAAGCUUGCCAAAUCUCAAUGAACUGUCGACGGAACGGUUGGAACGGCGGCUGGAAGAACGGGAGCGGAUCCUAGCCAGGGAUCGCAUCAUCGAGAGAGAUUUUUCGCGUGAAAAGGAUGCCACUGCCAGAGCGGGACCGGAAAAGCCCGUCUUUAUCCACCAGCAACAGGUCGCAGCAGCGAAAGCAUUUCUUCAGCAGAAAUGUCCCCCGGCGGCAAGGAAAGUUAUGCGUACCAGAAGCUCUGGCCAGGCGCAUCAUAUCUGGGACGAUCCUAUGAUAGAGCAAUUCAUUACAAACUACUCACCUGCCUCGUCACGAAGUCACCGCCUAGCGGUGGCUCCACCUCUGACCAUUGGGUAUCCCUUUCAAAGCUCAACGCUCGGCAACCGUCGCCGAGAUUCGGUCAACAGCUCAAUUGGUGCCACCUCGGUUCGGAGGCUUCUUACGGUGAACAAUCGAAGCUACGGCUGUCGGCACAAGAUUCCUACGCACGUGCGAAAUAAGGUCACCAAGAACUUCAUUCUGCUUACCAUUGCUCACGGGUUGAUGUGUACGGCGUUGAUCCCCCUUAUUGGACUGCAAGGUUCGAACUCCACGUGGUUCCAGCAGGAACCGUGGCUCGCUAUGGGACCAGAUGUUGGCUCCGGUUUGCUGAGUAUAUGCUGCGUGGUGACGGCCCUCAUGUGCCUCGUGACAACCAAGAUCAUCAGGAAGUUUGGUUACUCAAUAGUUCUGGCCUCAAUAUACGGAGGGUUGUGUGUAUUUCUGGCAACACAUAUCUACCCGGUGCUGGUGUCACUGGUUCCGGGAUAUCUAGUGCUCGGUUUGGUCUUGGGGCCUUCAGUGAUAUGCAAGCAAACGUUGGUGGUAUCGAUGGCUGGAAAACUAAGCUGCUCACAACCGGAAUGUGGCGGAACCAGCAUGGCCGGAAUCAACGCUGAUAGUUACGAUGACCAUAGGCUGCUGUGCAGUAGGGACGAAAGUAUUCGACGUCUCGGACGAUGGUUUCGAGCCGCGGGUGACUUCGGUAUGAUCAUCGGAACCAUUAUUGCGGCGUUUAUACUAACGUGUGCCUCGUCAAACCGCGCCGGAUGCUUCUACAUAUCGGCUUUGUCUUCCACUAACAUUAGUGGCACGAUUACUACGGCGCAGAUCAACAGCACCACGCUGAGCGGAGUUACUCUUGAUCACCCGUCCAUCGAUAUCGCGCCAACCUCAUCCAGCAAAAGUCUUGCAGAUCCUAACCCUACCAGCCGAGUAACAACCCCUAGUAUGCCCUCACUGAAAGAGACCAUGUUCUUCCUAUACAACAUACGGAUGCAACACCACGAAAGCGACGGUUAUCAGCUGGAUCGAUUCCCGUACAGUACUUUCCAAACUAACGAUCACGGUGAACGGAUCUGUGGAUCCCAUUUGUGCCCGGUUUGGGAUCGGAACAUCCCGAUCAACAGCAGCACGAUCAACUCGCUCAGCCUGCAGUCCUACACCGGAACCAUUCCGCUGAUGGGACUGUACCUUAUAUGUGCGGUAGUCGCGCUGACCGUUACCGGCUUGACAACGGACAUCGAGCAUAACGUCAAGUUCGACUCGAUCCGAAAGAUGUCCGACACUUUGCUGUUUGCCGGGCCGAUGGCUUACUUCAUUGGCACCGAGCAGGGUUACAUGUUGGCCGAUUUUAUGAAGGCAUUUGUAUCGUGCGAAUUGGGUCCAAAUAGUGUCGCCGGAGCAAUGAUCGGAAUGGGAGUAAUGCAACUCAUUGCAGCAUGCACCCUUAGUAUGCUAUUGAGGCACACCAAACGAGUCGUCGUCAUAAUUGCCGGAUUCAUAUUCCACGCCUGCCUCCUUCUGGUCCUGCUUCGCUGGAAACCCUCGCGGGAUGACAGUGCCGUUCUCUACGUCAUUCCAGCCGCCUGGGGUGUAUGCAACGCUGUUUGGGAAACGCUGACAACCGCUUUGGUCACCCUAUCGCACACGACCAAGGUAGCUGAAGUUAUGUCUCCCUUGCAAGCUCUGCGCUUUCUGGGACUGGGAAUAACCUUCGCUGGCCAUGGAAUCCUAUGCGAAGCUCCGAAGAUCAUCAUCCUGGCUAUCCUGCUGGUGAUUUCCGUUAUUCCGUAUACCAUGCUGGAGCUUAAGCUCGAAACUCAACGAAAAGCCGCCAAAGUGAGCUUAUGACGAUUCUGUGCACACGAUUACUAAUGUUUACUGAAGUUAAAAUACUUCUAGGCUUCAAUGGUUUUAGCUGGAGCUGAGAGGUAUUUUAAAAUAUACGGUAAUAUUAGUCUUCGUUGAUUUUUAACGAAUCACUCCAACACAUAAAUCAAUAAAAAAAAGAAAGUAACUCAAAAACCCCGGUUGUUCAUGAACCGCAAGUUAACAAACAUCCAGAAAUUUUCAACAAUACCGAAACGAUUGCUUAACUAGAACAUCAAGUAAAGUUCUUUGGUAGAUUCUUAGUCACUGAAUUUGUGAAACACUAGUAGAUUGAUGGUUGACAUAAAUGAAAGAUUAUCAGACUCAAAUAUAUGGAAUUUUUAAAACGA